AUGGGACAGAUUCGUAAAAGAAAAGAGUCUACAGAGGAGUCUACAGAGGAGUCUACAGAGGAGUCUACAGAGGAGUCUACAGAGGAGUCUACAGAGGAGUCUACAGUAAAGGAACAACUCCCAAAAAAAAAACAAUGCGCAUGGCAGUGA